AUGGUUACAGCUUCUAAGAAUGUGGUAGAGCCAGUAUUCAUUGUUCUCGCCUUUACUGCAGGAUGUCUCAUCAACAGACGAAAGGAUACACAAGUGGCAUACAAUGAAUCAUCAGAAGAUGUUGAAACUGGCCAACGAUACAUUGACUCGCCAUCCCUGAAGCCAGCUCUGCUCCAAAACGAACGACCUGUGCGCAAAGCUCCCAACUUGUUCUUCGUUUUUCUCUCCCGCUUCUUUAACAAGUUUCCAUUUUUAAUAGAGAUUUGGUACUGGAACUUGACAUACUGGUACUUGUUACAGUCGAACGAUACAUAUGAGUUACUGACCUGGUGCAGGAUAUAUCAAGGCCUUCGAGCUGUAUCAGCCAGAACAAUUGCUGGCAACGAAGACAUAUUCGACCGCGCAAGAGACCAUGCUCUUCAAAUCCUCCGUCUUGAAUCCUUCUUCGGUCUCAACAUCGAGCAGCGCUUUCAGGCAUACAUGAUGUCUGAACAACAAUGGCUCAUGACCAUCCUCGCCAAGAUCUACUACUCACACAUCAGCGUCGGAAUUCUCUUCCUCAUAUACAUAUAUACUUAUCUCCCACCUUCGACAUUCCAACGAAUUCGUCGCACCAUCGCAGUUGACAACGCAAUCGCUUUCGUCAUCGUCACUCUCUGGCGCUGUUCGCCUCCUCGUUUACUACCUCCUGAGUACGGCUUCAUCGAUGUUUUACACAGCAAAGCUGGUGGCUCCAACGUUUGGAACAACAAUCGCUUCCAAUUAACCAUCGCCGCGAUGCCGAGUUUGCAUUUUGGAACGUCUCUCUUCUUUGCCGUCUGCAUGUGUCGCUUCUCUCCGCAUCGUUUCAUGCGUAUAGUCGCUCCUUUGUGGCCCGCUGCUAUGCUCAUCACGAUUGUUGCGACGGCAAAUCAUUUCCUAACAGACGCUUUUAUCGGAGCUUUGGUUCCUUUGCUGGGAUGGCGUAUUAAUCAGGCUGUUCUUAUCCUUAAGCCUAUUCAGGAUUUUGUGUUUGCGCCGUUGGUCAAUAGGUUAGACCUGAGAGAUUCCAACGUACGGGUUAUUCCCAAGACUUUGUAA